UUUUUUUAUGUGGAUAAUAUUUUAUAAUAUUUUUUAUGUGGAUAAUCCCUAUCAUAUUAUUAUCCAGACAUUGAAGACGCUUUAAACGGGCUUCAUUCAGGAAGUGUGUUGUCGAAACGUCGAAACGUCUAGAAAUAACGGAUAAAUGGAUCAAAGGUCGCAGGCGAAUGAUGACUUCAGUUAUCACAAAUGGAUCUACGAGGAACUAAUUCAAAUAGCUCAGGAGUCCGGAGAACAUCAAAGGACUCUGGGCUUGCGCAGUCCAAUCCAGGAGUUUUGUGACACUCAAAUUCCCUUUACUUACAUAGGGUCUGGUGGCCAGUACCUCACACACUCAUUUGGUAACACCUGUGUUCCUGACUCGCUGCUCGCAGGUUUACACAUUGCUGCUAGUGUGCACCCCAACAUUAGGGAGCUUUUUAUGUUAGACAACACUAUCGAUGCAGUCAUGACCCUCCUGGAUAGUGGGAAGUAUGCAGAGGCAAAAGCCCUAUGGCUCAUUAACUUAGAUCUUCGGCAGGGCCACAAAAAACACUUCACAGAGAGAGACUACAUUGAAAUCAGAGGCUACGUUAAAGACCACCUUCCAAACCUUUUGGAUCUGACCAGUGCUAUGUUUCACUACGACGACGAGAGGAGGAGUCCCAAUCCUGAAGAUUAUGUUUACAAAAACACAGUGAGCAAGUUUGAGGAUUUUGGUGACGUGAGAGUGCUGGGAUCCAGAGGAAAUCCAGAACUCAUUCUUGUGGACGUUGACGGCCGAAUGGAUGAAUUCCCGUCUCUCAUGAUCACUGAUGACUAUGAAAGGGACUUCAGGCUGCAGUUUCUUCUCCUGGGCAUAAUAACUGAACAGUCCAACCACAUGGUGUUGUGCACUAGCCUGGAUGGCAGAUGGUGGCUCUACGAUGACAUGAAGCCUUCACUGUUCAAGAACGUCAACUUGGAAGAUAUACAGACCCAGGGUUACGUGGUUCACCUGGCAGCCUAUGUCAAAGUGCCAGCAAAGAAUGAGAAGCAAGACUGAGCGGUAAGGAUAUUUCAGAAUUGUUUCUUGAAUUAAUUUUUAUUUAUUUAUUUAUUUUCUGGUAUCGAUAGUUUUCAGACAUUUCUUCAUAUUAAUCGUUCACAUUAUAUGGAGAAACGUCAAUAGUGGGGAAACUUUGUUGUAUGUCGCUCUGGAUAAGAGCGUCUGCCAAAUGCCAAUAAUGUAAUGUAAUAUAAUGAAACGUUAGAUAUGGAUAUGUGACAGGACUCAGUUUUACAUCAAGCCUCCUUCAAGAUUAAUCUCCUUCAAGAUCAAUCGCGGGAAAUGUCGGUUAUGGAUCAAUAUGGGGGAACAUCCAAUACUGAUCAAUAAAUAGAAAUACACUCUAUGGUGCAGACCCCUGCCCAGGAGCGCACAUGCGGAUGUGACGUCGUUCCGGCUGCGCGGAACGUGUGAAGUACACAUCAUUUUGUUUCCGACCAUGUGACACACUGUCACACAGAGGCUUUGCUACAUCAGCUCACCAUUACAAUGAACAAAUCCAGCGAACAAACUUUUUCCUCACGGAAAAGGGGCCAGCGGACGAACCGAACCAAACCGAACUUUCAGAACCGAAUGGAACGGAUGACAUUGCGCAGCCCACGGGAACAUCCCAGUGUGCAUCUGCCCAGGACAAGAAUCCACGGUCCCAACCCCGACUCCUUGACUUCCCAUAACCUCCCAUCAACCUUUUCAAUAAAUGUAUUUAAUUUUAUUAAACCCAGUGUCUGUUUUGGUGUCACAUGAACACAUGACAUGAGUCAAACCAGUCUUUUGAAAAUCUUCCAACCUUCAGGUUAUCUAUAGGUUUAAUUAUUAAUAUUGGUCUUUAUUCAUUAUUAAUAAAUAACUUUUUGCAGUUAUACUGCGACAUAACAUUAAUUGGCACCAAACAUGAGGAUUAUUAACACGAAACAUCAUAUGUAACAAUCACAUAAAGUGUAGGGGCGUAUCCCACACAAUUUAUUUAUUUAUUUAUUUAUAAUCAGGGACAAUGCACAUUAAUCAAAAUCAAUAUCACAACCAAUGUAAAUGUGCCAGGGUUAGCUGUAAGAGCUAAUUUGUACCUGCAGUCAAAUUAGAAAAAAAUAAAAUAAAAGUAAACAUGGUGCCUUGACACCAGCAUUUGAAUCACUGGUGGUGAUGUUCUUGUUUACAGCGGCCAUCUUAGUAUUGUCCUUUUGAAAAAUGUUUGUGUUGAGUAUCCACCUUUACUUACAGAAUGUUCUGUCGGCUGAAAUGUUAUUGGAUGGUUAAUCCGCAAUUAGAUAUUUAAUGGAUUGUCCCUAGCUCCAGAUCCUCCUGCCUUGCUCCUUACUUGACACUUUGGAGUCUGUCCAUUUUAUGCACCCCACGUGAGGACUGAGACGUAGACAUUUCUAAUAGUCACCGUCACUAUUUAAUAUAUAAAAGACCGACAUUAUUUGGCGGCCCUCGCGAGGACCCUACACACGAGCCGACCUGGGCUGACUGGUGGUCAGGCGGGCUGCAACAUUCUGGACCAGCUGGAGGGGCUUGAUGACACAAGCUGGGAGACCGGCCAGAGGGAGUUGCAGUAAUCCAGAUGACAGAUGAUGAGCGCCUGGACCAGGAGCUGGGUGGCUUUCUCCGUCAAGAGCUGACAGA